AUGAGCUUCUUUAUUCUCAAUCCCUAUCGAAUUUAUCGUAUAUUUUUGAGACAACAGAUACGUGGCCGUUAUACACCUGUUAUUGGCGAUUUAUUAAAUGUUGCUCGAGCAAAAGCCAGAGGCGAAAUGUUACAAUUUAUGGAUAAGAUGUUUGACGAAUACGGUCAAUAUUAUCAUAGUUCAUUGGGACCUGUGGCACGUUUUCUUACGUGUGAUCCGUCCAUUAUGCAAUAUGUACUGAAAAAAAAUGUCAAGUCCUAUCAUAAAUCAUUAAUAAUGAAAUACAUCUUAGGAACGUUGUUGGGUAUGGAAAAUUUACUAAUGGCCGAAGAUGAAGUACAUCAAUUACAUCGUCGCAUAAUUGGUCCUGUAUUUCAGCAUCAAAAUUUAAUAUCGAUGCUAAGUUUAAUGACUGAUAAAACAGAAUUAAUCAUCAAUAAAUGGAAACGGCUUAUGGAUGAGACGACUAAAAGUUAUGUGGAUUUGGAUUUUCAUGUCGAAAUGGCCAAUUUAACAUUGGAUAUUGUUUGCGGUUGUUUAUUCGGAACAGAUUUAAUUAAUAAUAUUGAAAUACAUCGGUUUAUUUAUAAUUCCGUUACAAAUGCCUAUCGCGAAACAGAAAAGCGAUUGUUUAACAUGAUUGGUAUCAUCCCCAUACUUAAGGACUUACCAUUACCAAGUAAAUUGAGAAUGGAUAAAGGAAAACAAGAGGUGAAGAAAGUUAUUCUUAAGAUUAUCAAAGAUAGAAAAGAUGGACAUUCAUCGGCAGCUUGCAAAGGUGCAGAUUUAUUAGAUCUAUUACUUUCUGCUCAAAGUGAAUCAGGGCAGAAAUUAACUGAUGAACAAAUCUAUGAAGAAGCUCUCACAUUUGUAAUGGCCGGUCAUGAAACAACGUCAAAUCUAAUGACAUGGACAUUUUAUAAUUUAACACAACAUCCAAUUGCUUACGAAACAUGUCGAAAAGAACUGGAUAAAGUACUGAAUCGUGGUUUACCCAAUCCUCAAAACCUAUCGCAGUUAACAUACACAGAAGCAAUAUUAAAAGAAUCGUUACGUAUUCAUCAACCAGUGCCUUUAAUAUCUCGAACAGCCAUCGAAGACAAUGAUGUGGUUGCGCAUGAUGGAAAAACAAUACGUAUUCCAAAAGGAGUUGAGAUCCUUCUAAAUUUUUAUAGUUUACAUCAUUCUGACAGAUAUUGGCCCAACCCCAACGAAUUUAACCCCGACCGGUUUCUCGAUGACAAAAAAAUGAAUAUCAUACCUCACACUCUGUUACCUUUUUCGUCCGGUUCACGCAGUUGUGUGGGACAAAAUUUUGCCAUGUUAGAAGCAAAAGUAAUGUUAUCAAGAAUUUUACAAGAAUUUGAUUUAGAAUUAUUACCAGGUCAAAAAAUUGUACCUGACAUACUUGUGACGAUGAGGUGA